AUGCACUCCGUCUUGGCGAACUCAAGCUCCAGCUUCGCCUGCGCGAGCCUCUUCUGGAUGCUCUCCUCCGUCUCGGUACCCCGUCCCCGCAAACGCUUUUCGAGCUCCUCCUCGGACGGCGGCGCAAUGAAGACGUAUCGCGCCUUGAUAGCUGACUUUUUGACCUGUUUGACGCCCUCCAUUUCGAUGUCUAGCACUACUAUCACAUACAUACAUACUACAUCAUACAUGAAAAGAAGUAUUGAUAAUGAUGCUUUUAUUCAUAAUUACGGACAAAUACAAAUGUUCGCUCUCGAACAAUAUCAGCAUCAGCAACAACCACUCAGCAAACGGCAAAGACUGCAAUCGCAUGAUGUCAGCGUCAAUGUCGAUAUCAACGUCAACGCCAGCGACUCUCAUCAUGACUGGGAGGAGCCAUCACUCGUCCCUCCUCCUCCUCCUUUAUGUCAAUGCCAAUGUCAAUGCCAAUGGAGCCCCCCAGGCGCAAACCCUCAGUUUCACGAUUCCCACUCCCACUCCCCCCUCAGCUCCGCCAGCUGGUAUAUGUACCACGACGGCUUCUCGCACAACCCGGGCUAUCUCGCCUCGCAGGAAGAGCUGCGAUGUAUGCUCUUCACCAUUGCGCAGUCGGCGGCGCCUACGCGGGCGGGGAGUCCUGUGGUGGGCGCUGGGGCGGAGGAGGAUGAUAAUCGCCAUGAGAUGCUCUCGUCGCGAGCUACUACUAAUGCUAUGUCGGCGAUGAAGUCGUCGUCGGCUCUGUCGAAUAGCAAGCGGAUUCGGUAUUUGCAGAAUUAUGUUGGUCAGGUGGCGCCCUGGCUCGACAUGUUCGACAGCCAAUGCACCUUCGGCAUCCAACUGCCCGCGCUGGCACGCGACUUCCCCGCCCUCUCCUACGCCAUCCUCGCCAUCUCCGCCCGCCAGAUGGAGCGCAAGCAGGGCAUCCGCGACUCCUUCGACAGCCUCGUGCUCUACCAGGAGGCCAUUCGCCUGCUGAGCCCGCUGCUGCUGCAGGGCCGCGACCCCAAGGUCGUUGCCGCCUGCGUGCUGCUGUGCUGCUUGGAGAUGAUGUCCGCGCGCGCACAAGACUGGCGCCGUCAUCUCGAGGGGUGUGCGGCGCUGUUUGAUGCGUUUGGUAUCCAUGGGUUUAGUAGGGGGGUGCUGCAGGCUGUUUUUUGGUGUUACGCGAGGAUGGAUGUAUGCGGUGCACUCAUAUCUGAUGGCACUCAGUGCACCCUUCUGAAGCCAGCGAAAUGGCUUUCUCCUGGCUGUCAGCACGAAGACGCCCGUCGGCUGUUCCAAGAGGCAAAGUCUCCGGAUAUGCAUGCCAACUACGCCGUGUAUCUCUGCGCAAAGGCAUGCGAACUGGUCGCUGACCGCACCAAAUUCACCGAACUAGGCGAGGACAACGGCUGCACGGGCGAGGUCUUUCACAAGUGCUGGCUGCAGCUGUGGGAAGACCUGCAAAACUGGCUCGCCGAGCGACCCAGCGAGCUGCUCCCAGUAAAGAUGACCAACACGAAGCCCUUUCCACGCAUUUUCUUCGUCCAUUGGGCGGCCAUCUCAUCGAACCAGCUCUACCACACCUCAUGCAUCCUCCUGCUGGACAUCAUGCCCAAGAGCAUCAAAUUCCGGCCCGAGCCGUCGACUUCGACGUUGUGGCACGCCCGUCGCAUCUGCGGCAUCUCCCUGGCGAACCCGCACCAGGGCUGCUUGAACAACGCCAUCCAGCCGCUGUGGAUUGCAGGGAGGCAUUUCAGUCAUCCAGCCGAGCACGAGGCGAUCGUCAACCUGAUCCGGAGUAUCGAGGCGACUACGGGAUGGGGGGCAUGCUGGCGGAUCAGAGAUCUGGAGAUUGCGUGGGGGUAUAAAGUUGGAAGAGAACGUGUGGAGAAUCCGCAGCAGUAUUUUCUGGCUGACUGA